UGAAACUCCCUUUUUUUUUUCUUCUCUUUUGUUUGUUGUGCCAGUGUAUCACACCUGUUGUAGGAAAGUACUGACUUGUGUUUACAUGUGUGUGUAUAAUCUUUGGUUUUGUAGAAGGUUUAAAUGUAAGCAUUAGGUUUAAAACAAGAAUGAAAUGUUGUUUCUUUUAGUAUUUAUUGUUCACAUUAAUCAAGGUGUAAUAACUUCUAAUGAAAAAUUUAUUCUUAUGCCUUCGGCCAUCAUUUGUGCAUUUUGCAAGUGGUUAUUCAAAGGACAGUAGCAGUUAAAAGAAUACUUGAUGAGUUGUUUCUUCCCAAUAUCUAAUUACAUUGUAUGUUUUAACAGUGUUUGUGGAAAUAUAUGGUAUUUUCAGGAUUGGAUUGAUACAGAUAUUUUUAGUAACUGUAGAUUAGUUUCAAUUAGUAUUCUUCAGUACUGCCCUGUUCAGUUGGAACUUAAUCUGAGAUUUUGGGAAUGAGGCAUGCAUCUUAAUCUGUUUGCUCUUGUUAAAUGUGUGUGUGGGCUACGUUCUUCAUUAUUAACACAUUAUGUAAAGUUAGAAUGAAUAGCCAGAGAAACAUGCUUCCAGUGACGCUGUUUCACUGAGAAAUGUGUAUAUUUACUAGGAAAGAUGUCAGUGUAGAACUGUUUUGUGUCACUGACUUAAGAUCUCAAUACAGAAUGAGUGAGAAAUAAUAUUCUUGUAAAUGUAUUUUGUAUGUUAGUUGUAAUGGUAGACCAAAAAUAAUUCUGUCUUAAGUGACCUUUAGAUACCUCUGAAAUAAUCAGCACAGCAGAUGCAUGUUUUGUGAAGAUUAGCUGUCAGUAUGAGAUUAAUUUUGAUAGGAUUCUAGUCGUGACAUAGAGCUGUUUAUUCCUUUAUUUGUGGUUGCAUGCUUUUAAGAAACUUCUAUGCUACCAUCUAUGUUUUUCAUUAUAACAGAAUUCUGUGUGAGAAUUGUGUUCUACUGUUUGGUUAAGUCUAAGCAAUGGACAUAGCAUCGACAAAAGAUUUUGAGGCUCAUCCCUUAUGUGACUGGGCCAAAUAUAAAGAGAAAUAUAGUCUUCCAGCUCACUGAUAUGUUACCAUUGUGUGUAAAUUUAGGAUAAUUAAUGACCUUAACCGAAACUCUUUAUGGGAAAGAAAAAAACCUCAACACCUAAAAUAAAUUUAAAUUUGGUGGUUUUUUAGGAACAUUGUUGCAUCAAGUUUUAAAACCCAUUGUGCUCACCAUUGCUGGUCAUAUCUGGCUGUUGCUAAUACACAAAUGCACUGUGCCAGUUUGUAAUAACUGAAUUGUCAAGUGUUCUGACUUUUAAAACUUCAAGAAGAUAUUAAAACACAAGUUGCUUUCUUCCUUUCCAGAUACUUGCUUUGAAAAAAACUUGUGGUGUUCUGUGUUAAGUUACAAAUUUUUAGCUUUUUACUGCUGUCUGAAGUAAAGUUUUCUCAGAAUUUUGGUUAUUCCUGGUAAUUUUAUCUAUUUUGAUUUUUGUUUCUCGUGGGUUUUUUUUUUUUUUUUUCAGUUAGUUUCAUUCCCUGAAGGCAGUUUGUUUCAGAGGUGUUAAAGUCAAAUGUGGAGAAAGAAAAAAUAAUAAUAAAAUGAAGUGUCUUGGUCCAGGCAACAUGAACUUUGGGUGGCAAAACACCCUUCUAAUGAAUAAGAAAAACCACCGCUCUUAAACACUAGCUGCAACAGUGUUGAAGGUUUUGUUACAUAGUUGUGUAUACUUUAUAGAAGCUUUUGCUAAAACAGGUAAACCAGUGAGUCAGCUCCUAACUCGAUGUCUCAAGUUGUCAGAAAAUCAGCUGUUGUAACUUCUGCUGUCAUGGUUUCUCAAUGCACCUUACUGAUCACUAUAAAACCUUGAGAAAUAACAAAAACUGCAUUCAGAAAAGCAGUUACUUAUUUUUGAGACAAGGUCUUAAUCUUCAAGUUGUGUAAUUGCAAGCUGCUGGUUUAAGUCCCUGUUCUGCUUUGCACCAUGGGAAACAGUGGAACAUAGUAGAAAUUUGUGCAAUUUGACUUUGUUUGAAUAGUAGCCUGGGGGAGGGUAGAGAGACACUUCAAGAAAUUUGGGCAGCUGGAAAAUUCCAGGUAGGUGUAAUGCCUUAGAUGGAAUUAAAGGUAAUAGGAGGCCAAGUAGAGCCGGUAGGAAGAGAUUCCAGUGUAUAGGGGCAUAUAUGCUAGGAAAGGAUUUGUAAUCACCCUUGGGGACUUUAGCUCUUGUUUCUGUCUUUGUCCCCUCAGAGUUUCAGUGAUGCCACUAAUGCAGAACAGUAUAAUAGAUACGUAGGAACUACAGGAAUAAAUAGCUGAAUAAUGGUGUGUCCUUCAUGGUUGUUUUGGUGGGUAACUGCCUUUCCUCCUGGCAGGAGAAAGUUGUAUGUUGCAACUUUCCCUGAACCUAUUGAGUAUGUCUGAUCUGGUUGGUCUGCACAUUUGCACUUGGUCUGGUACUUCUGGAAACGCUGGAUUUACUGCCUGUGCAAAUAAGUUUCAGUACAAAACGGUUCGAUUCAUCAAAAGGAUGCAGUAAAUGAUGAUGAUUUUGAGCCAUAUCUAAGUAGUCAGACAAAUCAGAGUAACAGCUAUCCACCAAUGUCAGACCCAUAUAUGCCUAGUUAUUACGCUCCAUCCAUUGGAUUUCCAUACUCUUUAGGCGAAGCAGCAUGGUCAACUGCAGGUGACCCUCCAAUGCCAUACUUGACAACUUAUGGACAGAUGAGUAAUGGUGAACACCAUUACAUACCCGAUGGUGUAUUUAGUCAACCUGGGGCAUUAGGAAAUACCCCUCCAUUUCUCGGGCAGCAUGGAUUUAAUUUUUUUCCUGGGAAUGCAGACUUCUCUACAUGGGGGACAAGUGGAUCUCAGGGACAAUCAACGCAAAGCUCUGCUUACAGCAGCAGCUAUGGCUAUCCGCCUAGUUCUCUUGGGAGAGCCAUAGCAGAUGGACAGGCUGGAUUUGGCAGUGAUACUCUGAGCAAGGUGCCUGGGAUUAGCAGCAUUGAGCAAGGCAUGACUGGACUGAAAAUUGGUGGAGAUAUGACGGCUGCUGUGACAAAAACUGUAGGCUCAGCUCUGAGCAGUACAGGUAUGACAAGCAUUGCAGCAAACAGCGUCCCUCCAGUUAGCAGUUCAGCACCUAAACCAACCUCAUGGGCUGCCAUUGCAAGGAAGCCUGCUAAACCUCAGCCGAAGCUUAAGCCUAAAGGUAAUGUGGGCAUUGGGGGCCCUGCUGUACCACCACCACCUAUAAAACACAACAUGAAUAUUGGAACUUGGGAUGACAAAGGGUCAGUAGUAAAAGCACCCCCAGCCCAACCAGUACUGCCUCCUCAGACUAUAAUCCAGCAGCCUCAGCCAUUAAUUCAACCACCACCACUGGUGCAAAGCCAACUGCCUCAACAGCAGCCUCAGCCACAGCAACCACAACAGCAACAAGGACCUCAGCAGCAGGCCCAGCCUCACCAGUUGCAGCAGCAACAGCUGCAAAACCGCUGGGUAGCUCCUCGUAAUAGGGGUGUGGGCUUCAGCCAGAAUAAUGGAGCUGGUAGUGAGAACUUUGGUUUAGGUGUUGUAUCCGUCAGCUCCUCACCUUCUGGUGUGGAAGUGCACCCAGUGCUGGAGAAACUAAAGGCCAUAAACAACUACAAUCCCAAAGACUUCGAUUGGAAUCUGAAGAAUGGACGUGUGUUUAUAAUCAAAAGUUAUUCAGAGGACGAUAUUCAUCGCUCCAUUAAGUACUCUAUCUGGUGUAGUACUGAGCAUGGUAAUAAGCGCUUGGAUGCUGCUUACCGUUCCCUAAAUGGAAAAGGCCCACUCUAUUUACUCUUCAGUGUGAAUGGCAGUGGACACUUUUGUGGUGUGGCUGAGAUGAAGUCUGUUGUGGACUACAAUGCAUAUGCUGGUGUCUGGUCUCAGGAUAAGUGGAAGGGGAAGUUUGAUGUCAAAUGGAUCUUUGUCAAAGACGUUCCCAAUAACCAACUGCGGCAUAUUCGCUUGGAAAACAAUGACAACAAACCAGUUACCAAUUCGAGGGACACUCAAGAGGUACCCCUAGAAAAAGCCAAGCAAGUGCUUAAAAUAAUUGCUACUUUCAAGCAUACCACCUCAAUCUUUGAUGACUUUGCACAUUAUGAAAAGCGUCAAGAGGAGGAGGAAGCCAUGCGUAGGGAGAGAAAUAGAAACAAACAAUAACUAUAUGGAGAUGUCCUGCUAGAAUUACAACACUAAUGAUGUAGACUCUGGAAAUGCCUAAUAUGUCUAAGAAGACGUUAUUAAAGCUUUUUUCUGCUUAAGGUGACAUCUUUGAACACUUUAACACAAAAUUGACUCUUCUUGUAAUGGUUCUCAUCAGUGCAUCUGCCCUUAUACUCUCUCACCAAACACACUUGAGAACUGUACCUUCGUCAAGCACUUUCUGUCCUGAAGCUUUUACCAGUAUCUGCUGUCUUUUGUAUUUAUGCAUCCUAGCUAAGGCACAGGAGACCGAACGAAUGCAAGGAUUCAUUAACUCUUUGAAUUUGUUAAAUACUAACAUUUAACCAUUAGAAGUGGUUCAAUGAUGUGAGAUUCACAUUGCUUCAACUUAAUUUUUUCUUUGUUGUAGUUUUUUUUAAUUGUCAGUUUUUAGCUAUUCAACAGAUUAAAAGCAAAUCAUGCCAUAUUUAGUCCUGGAGUAAAACUCAAGUCUAAAUGUUCAUGUGAAAACUAUUGUAGUAAUCUUUUAAUAUGGCAAAGCAACUUUAAGCUGCAGUUUAGCCAAAUGAAACGUAACAUGAAAUUAUAUUAGAAUGACAUUUCCCUUGUUUCAAACUGUUUGGUGUAAGAGAAUAUUAAUAUGCAGCUUGGUGGACACCACCAGUUAAUGCACAUUUCUUUCUUUUUUUUUUUUUUUUUUUCUGUAACAUGUAUACUGCAAAAAGUGCAUUUGUCUGAGGAACUGUUUGUUUGCUACCACUCAAUGAAUCUCAGUUUUGAGUAAAUGUACCUCAGUCUAAAUCAGACUUUUUAUGACCUUUAUAACUACGUUUAAAAUAAUCUUUAAUUCCUAUUUCUGGGUGUUUGCAAGCCUGACAGAUUGCUAUCAUGAAAGUGAAAAUUUACUCCUCUAGGUGAUUCACUAGCUAAAUAAACAUAAUUCUUGUUUAGCAAGCAUAUACUGUUUCUCAAAUUUUUUUUUGUUUCAUUUUCCCAAUAUCCAGGUGGUUUUUUUCCCUAUUAAAAAAUAUUUUGAGAAAAAUACUUUAAUCCAUGGAGAUGACAUAUUCAUAGCCAUGUUAACAUGAUUUUUUGUUAGAACCAUGCAUCAAGAAUUUUAGAAUACAUAUUAAACUGGGUAAUUCUGUACGAGUUUCUAACUUCUAAAAAUGCUAUCUUUUGUUUCAGUUGUAUAGCAACACAUUCUAUCUGCUGGAAGAGAAUAUUAAAAAAAUGUUAAGCGGGUGUAUUGACUGUACAAAAUACUGAACAGCCUGUACCAAACUCCAGGGAUAGCUUUCUCUUUUUAGAAUGGCAAUGUAGAAGUCAGAUAUGUUAUAGCUUAAAAUAGCAAUACCACAUAUUAUUUGAACAUGUUUCAUGUCUUACUGCCCAACACAGAUGUUUAUAUUGUGUUUCAAGUCCUUCAUUUACAGAUUCUGGCAAACAAAGUUCUGGAGCUUAAGUGGCAAAGGUUUGUUUUUAAUGCAGUCUAUUUUGCUAUGUUUUAUUUUCUCUCUUCUUAAGCUCCUUGCACUCUUCUAACCUUGCAUACACAAAGUUCAAUACACACUUAUUUUUUGCUCAUUAUUUAAAAUGUUGUUUGAGACUGUGGACUAGCAGAUAUGAAUCUUAAUUCUUACUGCCAGUUUUCUGGAAGCUCAAAAGAGAAGUCAGUCCCAUAUUUUGGAAAAAAGAAGCAACCUCACUUAAAUGCAUAUGUGUAAGACAUAGCAAGUGGGUAAGGGAGGGAUAAGCAAAGUGCAUAUUGUAAGAGUAGACUAGUAGAUAAAGGUUUCAAGCCCAGACCCGAUGAAAUUUGGCUUAAGCCCCAAAAUCGACACUUCCAUGUAUAUCUGUUUCUUGCUAACAGGUUUUAAAGCUAUUUGUUUCCCUCUCUUGGCUGGUUUAUGGAUUACUGCCUAUUAUUCUAACUGUCAUUGAUCAGUUGAAAUGGCAAAGGUCAGUGUUGUGAGUCCAAAGAAUGUAGUCCUUCAGCAUGCUUCUGCUUUUUUGUUACAAAAAUAUCUAAUGAAAAUGCACAGAAGUUUCCAGUUAAAAGAAAGCUACUGUUAAGAGUCAGGCAUUCAGGAAUUGAUUGCAUGUGCAACCUUAGUUUGCUUCCACUGCAGUAUACAUGUUUUUGCAGGCUUUGUUAGUAUUUCCUGCUUUAUCCCUUGCCUCUUUUAUUCUAAUAGCAUGAGCAUUGCUCUUGGGUUGAAUCAGGUUUAGUAUAAAAUGGAUUCAUCAUGCUGUUGCAGCCUUUGAAAGCUUGGAAAAUGAGACAGGAUUGUGAGAGAAGGAGGUGAUCACAUUUAGAGAGCUGUGACAGUUCUUACACUGUUCCAGGAUUGUUAGCAAAUCUACAAAUAGAAGAGUUUCAUUGCUGAUGGUGUUAGGCAUGUUGCGACUGAUUUGCUGACUUCUGAGGGUUUAGUAUGUGCAGCUGAAAUUAAAAGGAAUUUUAUGUGCAUAUAAAGUACUGUAAAAAUAGUAUAUAACAUUGUAAAAUCAGCUAUGGAGUGCUGUACUAAUUAAUGGACAUGUGAAACUUCUAGCCUUCAGCUUCCUUAUGCACAAGUUCUUUUCCUCCAGAAAGAAAAGGAAUGGUGCUUAAUAUCUCAAAUAAAUGUAGAAAUACCUUUUUUUUUUUUUUUGUCUGAUUUUUCAAUACAGUGAAGUUGUUGUAAUGGUUGCUUGCUAACUUGCUAAUGAAGGAGUCACUGGAACGCCUUUUCUGUUCCUGAUGCCUCCUCCUUUAUGUCAGCAUUUGUUUUCCUGCGGUCCCUAUUGAGCCAGUUGAAGAUGUUUUCUGCUGAUUGAACCGUCUGGGCAGUUCUCUGUGAGGUUGGAUGUUUGGAAGGGAGAUGGCAGGAGGGGAAGGAAGGAAAGGACAUUUGUCCUCUCAGAAGCGUGUACCCACUGUUGAAUAGGCUUAGCUGCACUAUAGCUACACACCUGUGGGUUGGUCAACCAGAGAUGCAGCAGGAUGUUAAAAACUGAGAAGGGCUUCCCAAAAAACCAAAAGAUCAAUUCUGUUUUCAGUGUAAGAUUUCAGUAGUUAUACAGUGAAACAUGAUAUCGCACACAUUUAGUAAUACCAGGAGGAGGGAAGAAAUGCUGAGUAUUUUUCAUUUUGACCACUUUUUCCACAUUGGAAGAGACUUGUGAAUUCAUACAGAAAAGUUAUAGCUGAAUGGCUUGUCCUACCAACACAAGUGGGACACAUUAAAGUUGUUUGAGUUUUGCUAACCUUUGAGUGUCUCUUGACUUUGUAACAUCAGCAUCUUUAACAUGCUUUUUUGGUAUUUCACUUUGACAAGAAAUAAUUCCUGUUAGUUGAAUGCUGACGUUGCUGCCUUAAGGAAGACGUGGGUACUAGUCUGAGGGACUUGGAUUGGGAAAAACUCGAUAUUCACAACCAGACAAAUUUCACUGCUUCAUAUAUUUUGUACUUCUAGGUUUAAUUUAUGAAAUACUUGUUUCUAUACAUCCUCUUGCUCUGCUUUCUUCUUUUUUGGAUACUCUGGCAUAAUGCACUGUCUGCAAAAUUUAGAUGCAAAAAAAAAACCCCCUGCCAAAAUUAUUCUUGUCCCAGACAAAUCUGUGGCACCAAAAAAAAAGAUAAUGUUGAACUCUUGGUCAAGUGAAAAUGUCCUAGUAUUUAGGAAGAAGCAUCUUAAAUAUUUUUCACUGUUCACUCAAAGCUGUAUUUUGAAAUGUCUUUCUAUUUCAUAGGAGAAUUUACAUGCUUGAAAUAAUACUCCUUUUAAAGGAAGCUUCAAAUAAACUAAAAAGGAAGUUUUAAAUAAACUGUUUUGAUAUACAAGUAUCAGUGCCUCUUUCCUAGCUGAAACUGAGUUGAAGCAACAGUAACAGUGUUUUUAAUUCUGUGUAUAGCAGUUACCUUAAUUUUUCAAAAUUAUUGGUGACUCUUUCACCAGAAAGGUAUUUACAUACUUCAGCUGAUUCUAGUGCAGUGAAAAUCCAGUGUGGACAGUCUUCGAAUUCUCUGGAGCACUGAUUUUUUAAAUGAAUAAUUCCAGGCAUUCAAAACAAAUCACCCUGGAUUUUAUGUUCUUUUCAAAACCAUUUGAGCUACCAUUUUGGUAAGGAAAUACAGAUUUUCAAUGUCAUGUUUGUUCUUUUGCCAAGUGAAGAUCUGUGUAAUGUAUUGAUAAACUGAGAGAGAUGAAGAGCAGUUCCUUCUCCAUCCAGUUGCAGCAAACCCUUGGUUUAAAUUUUGUGGAAACUUUUUUUGUGUGUGUGCAUUAGAGUAUGGUAACUUAGGUGAGAAUUCAUUGGCAUGAGAAUUGACCAUUUGAUCUUAAUCAGUUUGAAAGUUUCCCCAAAAGUAACCUCCUUUUCGCAUCCUUAUCUAUUUUUCAGCCUGACACGUCCACCAUAGUUUAGCACGGGAGAGGAAAGAAUUUCUCUAUGGAUUAUAGGAAUUUUAAGUAAAUGAGUUUGGCCUCAUAUAAAAUAAAAGUAUUAGUGUACAGCUGGCAUGUUUUCCUCAAAAAAUCUGUUCUGUACUGUCUGUUCUACUUUAUAUAUUUUAGUAAAGUGCAUUUUAAUAUAAAUAGGGACCUUUCCAUUCACAAAGUUAAAAGCCUGGGCUGGAGAGAAAUUUGAUAGCGUUUCUCUUCACAUAAUAAUCCUGAAGCAGUCUUAGUAAUGAUACUUUCAGUAUCGAAGGAUCUCUAAGCCAAAUGUCAAUAAUAAAACUUGCUGUUUGUUAAUAUAAGGGGAUGCCAUAAUGCUUGUGUUAUCUGUUCUUUUCUGACAUUGUCCUUUCUCCACAAGUGGAAAUCUGGCAAACAGGAGUCAGUGAUCAGUUGGACCUCUCCUCCAAUCAAUUUCCCUGCAUAUUUUGCAAGAAACUGUUUUCUCACACUGCAAGCAAAGCACAAAUGGGUGGGUCUUCAAGUAUCUUCCUCCAGAAGUCUUUUCUUAGUCAGACAUUCAAAAGGCAGUGAAUUUCUUACUCCAUCUAAGUAAUAAUUCCUUCCCGCUUUCUUACCCUUUCUGGGAAGACUCUGGUGUCAUGUUUUUUGUCUGCUGCUUCUUUUGGAUGCCCAUGAGGGAAGCCUAACAUUGGAUGCUGUUUUCACAAUCUACCAAAAAAUGUCUGACUUUACUUAUUUCCUCCUCUGGAAAGAGGAGAUCUCCUGGCUGAGUUUAACUUGACUCAGUCUGUUUGGCACAAUGUAAAUAGAGAAAUAUUGCUUUAAUAACUGGAUGAAUUCAGACUCCCAUGUGGAGUAUGCCAUUUUUUUUAAAGUUAACUGCAGCAUUUUCAUUCAGAAAACAAGAUUUCGUUGGGAUUUUAAAGGGCAUACAGUUAUUCAAAUACAAGGCUCCAUUCUAAGUGUGCUUCUGAAUUUUAGUGGUGGCAAUAACCGAUGUGUUAACAGUGAGAGUUUAUAAGCUGUUUGCAUAUCCUCUGUGCAUUUGCACUUGCCAUCUUAAUACUGAAUUAACUUCCUUUGCCUGUAAAAUCAGUUUGUAACACUUGAGAAACUUCAUUUUUUUUCUUGUUUUGAAUUUCAUACACCAUAGAUACUAUAACAUUUCAUCUGCCUGCACAAGUUUACGUGCAUCUUGAGAAUGAAGUGGAUGUUUGUGUAAAAUGAAAUAAGAUACUCUAUUGAUGACUGUAUUUUAAGCUGAGCUUGUGGGCUUUCAGAUGAACAAGCUGUCUUGAUUUGUGCCCUCAUAUGUGAAGCAUUACACUUUAAUCUUGAACUCUGAAUUUAUGCAUCUUUUCUUUCCUGUUCUGUAAACAUCUGAAAGAACCUCAGAUGUUAAAAAGUCCUCGCUUUAUGCUUAGUCCAGGAAUAAAAAUUUUCAAACUAAGCAUUUGAGCAAGCUAGAUGGAGGUUUAGCUUUAGUUUGAGCUAAGCUAUUACAUUACAUCAAAAGGAUGAGAUAAAAGGUUGUGGAUCUUUCAUUAUCUGCUGUAAUUGUAUAUCUACU